GGGAUUGAACCUGCAACCUGGGCAUGUGCCCCUGACCAGAAUCGAACCUGGGACCCUUCAGUCCACAAGCUGAUGCUCUAUCCACUGGGCUAAACCGGCUGGGGCAAGAACGCUCUUCUUGUGAGAGCCAGUACCGCGCACACGCCUCCUGCCUCAUUCUGCUGGUAUUUCUGGAAGAAAUCGAGAUCUUCAAGUGAAGUGUGCCCAGGGCCAGCUCAGGAAAGCCCGUGCUGCACAGGCUGGUGCCCGUAGCCCUGUGGGCAGGAGACCCUGCAGGAAAUGAGUGGCGGCUCGAAGCCACUGGGGUUUGCCAGAGCCAGCUCCCCCUGAGGGCCUCUCCGAGGGGCUCAUCCACAGGCCGUGCCUCCCCUGGUGUCCGGGGUGACGGGCGCCAUGACCGACUCCCCGUUCCUGGACCUGUGGCAGUCCAAGGCGGCGUCCACCCGGGACCGGCUGGGCAUCAGGGAACACCCCAACGACUCCUACUGCUACAACUCGGCCAAAAACAGCACCGUGCUCCAGGGCGUCCCCUUCGGCGGCAUCCCCGUUGUCCUGCUCAUCGACGUCAGCUGCUUCCUGUUUUUAAUAUUGGUGUUUUCCAUCAUAAGGAGAAGAUUCUGGGAUUACGGACGCAUUGCCCUGGUGUCAGAAGUGGGCAGCGAGUCCAGGUUCCAGAGGUCAUCAUCGUCUUCCUCCCAAGGGCCUCAGGAUUUUGAGAGUGAUCUGGGAUGCUGCCCCUGGCUUACUGCGAUCUUCCGUCUGAACGACGACCAGAUCCUGGAAUGGUGCGGGGAGGACGCCAUCCAUUACCUGUCCUUCCAGAGACACAUCAUCUUCCUGCUGGCGGUGGUCAGCUUCUCGUCCCUGUGCGUCAUCCUGCCCGUCAACCUCUCGGGCAACUUGCUGGAGAAGGACGCAUACAGUUUCGGGAGGACGACGAUAGCAAACCUCCAGACCGACAACGACCUGCUCUGGCUGCACACCGUCUUCGCCGUGAUCUACCUGUUCCUCACCCUGGGUUUCAUGCGGCACCACACCCAGUCCAUCAAGUACAAAGAUGAGAGCCUGGUGAGGCGGACCCUGUUCGUCACAGGACUCCCCAGACACGCCACGAAGGAGGCCGUGGAGAGCCACUUCCGGGACGCGUAUCCCACAUGCGAGGUGGUGGAGGUCCAGCUGUGCUACAACGUGGCCAAGCUGAUCUACCUGUGCAAGGAGAGGAAGAAGAUGGAGAAGAGCCUGGCUUACUACACCAACCUGCAGGUGAAGACGGGCCAGCGGGCCCUCGUCAACCCCAAGCCCUGCGGCCAGUUCUGCUGCUUCGAAGUGCGGGGCUGUGAGCGGGAGGACGCCAUCGCUUACUACACGGGCAUGAAGGACCGGCUGAUGGAGAGGAUCACGGAGGAGGAGUCCAGGGUCCAGUUCCAGCCGCUGGGCAUGGCCUUCGUCACCUUCCAGGAGAAGUCCAUGGCCAUCUACAUCCUGAAGGACUUCAACGCCUGCAAGUGCCAGGGCCUGCGGUGCAAAGGGGAGCCCCAGCCCUCGUCCUGCAGCAAAGAGCUCUGCAUCUCCCAGUGGACGGUCACCUUCGCCGCCUACCCCGAGGACAUCUGCUGGAAGAACCUGUCUGUCCAGGGCCCCCGCUGGUGGCUGCAGUGGCUGGGCAUCAACUUCGUUCUCUUCGUGGUGCUGUUUUUUCUGACCACACCAUCCAUCAUCCUCUCCACCAUGGACAAGUUCAAUGUCACCAAACCCAUCCACGCGCUGAAUGACCCAGUCAUCAGCCAGUUCUUCCCCACCCUCCUCCUGUGGUCCUUCUCCGCCCUGCUGCCGACCAUCGUCUACUACUCCACGCUGCUGGAGUCUCACUGGACCAAGUCUGGGGAAAACCGGAUCAUGAUGACCAAGGUCUACAUAUUCCUGAUCUUCAUGGUGCUGAUUCUGCCCUCCCUCGGCCUCACCAGCCUCGACGUUUUCUUCCGCUGGCUCUUUGACAAGUCUUCCCCGGACACCUCUAUCCGGUUGGAGUGCGUCUUCCUGCCGGACCAGGGCGCCUUCUUUGUGAACUACGUCAUCGCCUCGGCCUUCAUCGGCACCGGCAUGGAGCUGCUGCGGCUGCCGGGCCUCAUCCUCUACACCUUCCGCAUGGUCAUGGCCAAGACCGCCGCCGACCGCAGGAACGUCAAGCAGAACCAGGCCUUCGAGUUCGAGUUCGGAGCCAUGUACGCGUGGAUGCUGUGCGUCUUCACCGUCAUCAUGGCCUACAGCAUCACCUGCCCCAUCAUCGCGCCAUUUGGCCUCAUCUACAUCCUGCUCAAGCACAUGGUGGACCGGCACAACCUCUACUUCGCCUACCUCCCGGCCAAGCUGGAGAAGAGGAUCCACUUCGCGGCCGUGCACCAGGCCCUGGCCGCCCCCAUCCUGUGCCUCUUCUGGCUCUUCUUCUUCUCCUUCCUGCGCCUGGGUCUGACGGCCCCUGCCACCCUGUUUAACUUCCUGGUCCUCCUGCUCACCAUCCUGGUCUGCCUGGGCUACACCUGCUUUGGAUGCUUCAAGCACCUCAGCCCUCUGAACUACAAGACGGAAGAGCCGGCAGCUGACAAAGGAAGCGAGGCCCUGGCCCAUGUGCCCGCUCCGCACACGCCCUACGUGCCCCGGAUCCUGAACGGCCUGGCCUCGGAGAGAACGGCCCUGUCCCCGCAGCUGCAGCAGACCUACGGCGCCGUCCGCAACAUCAGCGGGACCGUCCCGGGCCCGGCUCGGAGCCGGGAGGUGAGGCGACGCAGGUGGAGACGCAGCUUGACACGGACCCCGACCAAGUCCAGGACUCCCGUCCACGUUUCAAAGCCCCCCCUGCUCCGAAGACCAGCCGGGAAGGGGCUCCAGCCCUUGGCUGAGGGGUCUGGGGCGGGACCGGGUGCAACCCCGGCCCUUGCUGGGGGGUCCGGGGUCCUGCUCACUGCCCGUCGCCUUCUGCAGCGUCCAGCUCUGUCGCUGGGUGAGGUCCCCGUGCCUUGUAGCGAGAUCACGUGUUGGAACGGUGUCCCUCUGGGGCCACUGGUUGUGGUGACUCCCAGGUAACAGGGAGAGGGGACAGGGAAGACCCCCCUCUGAGCACGCACCACCGCCCCCGUCUGGGCGCACGUACGCCCCACGGAUAACCAAAGAGCCUGAGAUGGGGUCGCGAAGGUGGCCCGGGGUCAUGCCGGCCCCCCCUCUCUGUAGCCAGCCGGGCACCCGGCCCUGCCCCCGGCGUGAGCUGCGCACUCACGUCUGCACCCCACUAGGGUUCUGUUCCUGUAUCAUGUUGCCAGCGACGCUGUGGCUGGGCCAGGGUCACCCCAGCAGCCAGGGACAGUGCGAACCCUAAUAAACUGCCCAUUCAGCCAGGUGGUGAGGUCAGCCCUGUGCCUCUCAGGGCCGGUGCAUGGGCUGGGUCUCCAGUCCUCGCCUCCUCCUGUCUGCUCCCUCCUGGGGGGGCGGGGGAGGCGUGCUCAGGGCCUCCUGGGAGCCAGGGGAGGGCUGUGGCAGGGGAGGGGGAGCCUGGCUGGGUGCAGGGCUGUGGCCCAGGCAGCAAGGAUGGGUAGUCCCUGCCUUUUUUUCUCCCCGAGGGAUCCCGGGGCUGAGAUAAUUUGGGGCAUUUGCUGGAGACACCGCCUUCCUCCUGCCUCCAGGGGGCGCCCGAGUCACAGGUGGGUGCAGGUGGUGGGCAGAGCCAGGGAGGCCGCCUGCAUCCCAGGGGGUGGGCCCGGCCAGGUGGCCAGGUGGGAUCUGGGGCACCUGUGCGGACCUGGGACCUGUCCCCAACCGUCACUCAGCCCCUCGGCCUCCCCUCUGAGCUGCCCGGGCACCCGGAAGGGGAUGGAGGGAGUCCUGUGCCCCUGCAGGGGUCCUGCCCUCCCGGCCAGGGUGGAUGGGAUCCCCUCCCCAGGCUGCAGCCCUGCUAGCUCUGCUGGAAGGGGAACCCCGAGUGGGGUCGGGGUGCGUGCCGGUCACUUGGUUCCAGCCACUCUUAGAAGUAAAAUCAUUUAUUCUCAAA